AAAACUUGAAGAUAGCACCCGGGAAAAAGUUGUGAAAACUCAAUAAUAUUUUUUUGUUGAUCAAUUAUACUAUAUUAGAUGUAUAGAUAUGUUUUCAAGAGGUUCAAAGAUACUAUCGAGUUUGGCUUUAAUGUCAGAAAGAACUUUGCGUGUACGCAGACAUUAAGUAAGACGCAUAAUUAUCAAAAUAAUGACAUCCAACAACCAAAACAAAAUAAUUCGGUUCUACAUCAUCAAGAAGUUAACUUCUUGGUUCCAUCGUCGCAACGAGCCAAUUAUGAUGAUUUUAAGAAGAAAUACAACUACAAACAUCCAAAUAGCUGUAAUCCUUUUUUACAUGCUAUCACUUGGAGUACAGCUCUAAUUGCUGGUUUUUAUGCGUCACAACUUCUUUGUCUGUAUCGUCGCAAUCAACAUUUUGAUCCGAAAAAGUCUUUUUAUGGACGAUAUUUGCAGCAUAAAAACAAAUUAUUACAUCGCAAACUUUUGUGUAUUGAGCAAGCCAAAGCACAAAAUCGAUCUCAUAAUAAAAGUUUCAAGUUCUCUGGAUGUCCACUAAAGCGUAAAAUACAAGAGAAAAGAGCUAAGAAAGAAGCUGGUGAGAAGCAUCAUCAAUUUCCAAAAACGGACGAUGAGUUCAAAGCUUUCACUGAGGAAUUUUCAAGUUUAAAUCUAUUUGACAGACGUUUUGAACAGUUCUUUAAGGCAGACGAUGAUUUGACAAUUGGUGGACAUAGAAAAGUAUUUUACAACGUUAAUAAUGACGAUACGCUUUUGAAACCCAAAGAAUACAAAGAAUCAACAAGUGCCGAUACUAUUAAUAAAAAUAAUGAUAAUGUGAAAAGUGACUUAAGUGCUGAUCCACAGCAACAAAAAAGUGAAGAUGAAGCAAUUAACGAGAUUAUGACAAAUCUUUCAGAGAUGAUUGGUGAGCUGGAAUUUCAAAUGGGUGUCGAAUCUGCCUUGCAUGGUGAUUAUAAGGAGGCAGUUGAACAUUUUCGAAUGAGCUCAUCAUCAAAUAAUGCUAGUGCUUGCUACAAUCUUGCCUUACUCUAUGAGCAAGGAUUAGGUGUCAAGAAAGAUUUGGAAAUUGCCAUGAAACUUUACCAAAUUGCUAGUGAUCAAGGACAUGAUAAGGCACUUUAUAAUAUGGGAGUUUAUUUCGCAAGAGGUCUCGGGGGUGCCAAAAAGAGCUUUAAGAAAGCUAAAUCAUAUUUUGAGAAAGCUGCAACUUAUGGAAAUGUUGAAGCCAUAGAAGCAUUGUCACUUUUGCUUCCAGAAAAAAAUAAGAAGAAACCUCCACUACUGAUUGUUCCUAGCUUUAUUGUGGACGAUGAUGUUGGAAUGGAAUUAAUAGUGGCUAAGAAUGUCCAUCAAUUCAACAAUUUACAAUCGAUUGCAGUGUCUUAAGUUCAUGAAAUUGUAAGUGUGGUCAAUAUACAACACAGCAUGUUUAAAGUAUCUUUUGAUAAGAUUAAAAAAAGUGUGGUAAAUCAAAAUUUGUGCGCUUCGGUACGAAGCAAUGGAUUGAUAUCCAUUUAAAAUUAAUUUUUAAGAACUUUUUUGUAUUUGUAUUGAUGAUAAUGUGUACCUAUUUUAUCUCAUAGUUCUCAUAUGUUUGUGUCCAACAGUUUUCUUUUUUUAUUUUAUUAUAAAUUGAGUUGUUCCUUAUCAAUCCAGUUAUCUUUUGUUUGUCAUUAUUAUUAUUAUGUAGACAUUGAUAGCAAGAAAAGAACGUAAUGAUGAUGAAUCAUUCAUAAACAAAACGAUUAAUGUACAACUAUUUCAUAAACCCCAAAUUAUUAACAGUUUUAUCCAAC